AUGAAUAUGCUGAUUUUCAAGUGUCUUCAGAUGGCUUUGCUGCUAGUUUUCUCUGGAAGAUACACCAUAGCAGAAAAGAAAACACAGCAUCCUAAAAGGACAUACAUAGUUCACAUGGACAAGUUCAACAUGCCAGCGAGUUUUGACGAUCAUAUCCAAUGGUAUGAGUCAUCGCUAAAAACAGUAUCAGACACUGCAGAGAUGCUAUAUACCUACAAACAUGUAGCUCAUGGAUUUUCCACAAGGCUAACAGUUGAAGAAACAGACUUACUCACAAAGCAACCGGGAAUUCUUUCGAUUAUCCCUGAAGUUAGGUACGAGCUUCACACAACUCGAACUCCAGAGUUCCUUGGAUUGGAGAAAACAUCUUUUCUAGUUUCUUCUGGAAAACAAAGCGAGGUAAUUGUUGGGGUAAUAGACACAGGUGUAUGGCCUGAACUAAAAAGUUUCGAUGAUACUGGACUUGGACCAGUACGCAGUAGCUGGAAAGGGGAAUGUGAGACAGGUAGAAACUUCAACUCAUCAAACUGUAACAAGAAACUUGUUGGUGCAAGGUUUUUUGCUAAAGGCUAUGAGGCAGCUUUUGGACCCAUUGAUGAAAAGACGGAAUCAAAGUCACCAAGGGAUGAUGAUGGACAUGGAAGCCACACCUCAACUACAGCAGCAGGUUCUGCAGUUGCAGGAGCGAGCCUCUUUGGUUUUGCUUCCGGGACAGCAAAAGGCAUGGCCACACAAGCUCGGGUAGCUACUUACAAAGCAUGUUGGAUUGGUGGGUGCUUUACAACAGAUAUAGUUGCUGCAAUUGACAAGGCCAUCGAAGAUGGCGUCAACAUACUUUCUAUGUCUCUUGGUGGAGGUUUAACGGACUACUACAAAGACAGUGUGGCAAUGGGAACUUUUGCAGCCAUAGAACAUGGAAUACUAGUAUCCAGUUCAGCAGGAAAUAGUGGACCUAGUCAAGCAUCUUUGGCUAAUGUUGCGCCAUGGAUAACCACUGUGGGAGCUGGAACUAUAGACCGCAAUUUCCCUGCUUAUAUCACCCUUGGAAACGGGAACAGAUACAGUGGCGUGUCUCUUUACAAUGGAAAAUUGCCACCUGAUUCUCUAGUGCCACUUGUUUAUGCUGCUAACGUCAGCCUGAAUUCGGAUUCUAGUGAUAACCUCUGUACCACAGGUAGUUUGAUUCCUAGUAAAGUUUCAGGAAAAAUAGUGAUAUGUGACAGAGGAGGAAACCCUAGAGCAGAAAAGAGUUUGGUUGUCAAGCGUGCAGGGGGGAUUGGGAUGAUUUUAGCAAACAACCAAGAUUAUGGGGAAGAGCUAGUUGCUGACUCCUAUCUUUUCCCAGCAGCAGCUUUGGGAGAGAAAGCAAGCAGUGAAGUAAAGAAGUAUGUUUCUUCUACUCGCAACCCAACCGCUAAAAUUGCAUUCGGCGGUACUCAAUUAGGGGUUCAGCCAUCCCCAGUGGUGGCUGCUUUCAGCUCUAGAGGACCAAAUAUACUCACACCGAAAAUACUUAAACCAGACCUCAUAGCUCCAGGAGUCAACAUUCUAGCUGGAUGGACUGGGAAAGUCGGACCAACUGGCUUGUCUGAUGACACAAGGCAUGUGAGCUUCAACGUCAUGUCUGGCACAUCCAUGUCAUGCCCCCAUGUAAGUGGGUUAGCCGCUCUUCUUAAGGGAGCUCAUCCUGAAUGGAGUCCUGCGGCUAUAAGGUCUGCCCUCAUGACCACAUCCUAUAGAACCUACAAAAAUGGGCAAACCAUAAAAGAUAUUGCUACUGGGACACCUGCUACGCCGUUUGACUAUGGUUCUGGGCACGCGGAUCCAGUAGCUGCUCUUGAUCCUGGUCUUGUGUAUGAUACUACAGCGGAUGACUACUUGAGCUUCCUCUGUGCCUUGAACUACACUUCAUUUCAACUAAAGCUUGUUGCAAGAAGAGAAUUCACAUGUGACAAAAGGAUUAAAUACAGGGUGGAAGAUCUCAAUUACCCAUCUUUUGCUGUUCCAUUUGACACAGCUUCAGGUGGUUCUCACAAGCCAAGCACUGUCCAGUACAAAAGGAUUCUGACUAACAUAGGGACCUCAUCAACAUAUAAAGUUUCAGUGUCAUCACAGUCUCCUUUGAUUAAGAUUGUGGUUGAACCACAAACACUCAGUUUCAAGACAUUGCACGAGAAGAAGAGCUACACUGUUACAUUCACGUCUAAUUCAAUGUCUUCUGGUACAACCAGCUUUGCUCAUCUGGAAUGGUCGGAUGGGAAACAUAAUGUCACUAGUCCCAUUGCUUUCAGCUGGACUUGA